AUGGCUGGUCUGAACGUGUCCCUCUCCUUCUUCUUGGCCAUCAUCGCUCUUUGCCAGGCGGCCAGGAGGGCGUCUAAGGCCCUGCUCCCGGCGGGCACCUACAACAGCUUUGCCCGAGAGGCAGCAGGCGCGGCCCAGCUGGGGGCCUGCUGCCUGGAGCUGAGGGUGCUGGUGGAGCUGGGGCCCUGGGCCGGGGGCUUCGGCCCCGACCUGCUGCUGACUCUGCUCUUCCUGCUGUUCCUGGCACACGGGGCCACCUUCGACGGCGCCUCAGCCAACCCCGCCGUGUCUCUGCAGGAGCUCCUGCUGGCCGAGGCCUCUGUGCCCAGCACACUGCUGAAGCUGGUGGCCCAGGCGCUGGGCGUGCAGGCAGCCUGCACGCUGACCCAGCUCUACUGGGCCUGGGAGCUCAGCGACCUGCACAUCCUGCAGAACCUCAUGGCCGCUCACUGCAGCUCUGCCCUGCGCACCACCGUCCUCCACGGCACCCUGGUGGAAGGCGCCUGUGCCUUCUUCUUCCAUCUGACCCUCCUUCGCCUCCAGCACAGUCUUCCCAUCUACAGGGUGCCAGCCGUGGCCCUGCUGGUCACCAUCCUGGCCUACACAGCUGGGCCCCUCACGUCCGCCUUCUUCAACCCUGCCCUGGCCGCCUCGGUCACCUUCCACUGCUCGGGGCACACCUUGCUGGAGUACACCCAGGUGUACUGGCUGGGCCCUCUGACAGGGAUGGCGCUGGCUGUCUUGCUGUAUCAUGGCCAUCUCCCCCGCCUUUUCCAGAGGAACCUGCUCUACAGCCAGAAGAACAAGUACCGAACCCCCAGAGGGAAGCCAGCCGCAGGGCCUGGAGACACCCAGAUGUCAGCAGAGGGGUGCAGAGUCCAGGAGCCUGGGCAGCGGGGGGUGGGGCGGCAGCUGCCGGGCUCCAGUGGGCAUGGUCCCUGUGAGCGCCCUCCUGGAAGUGCUGCUGCUCUGUCCGAGCCCCAGCCUCCUCCCCUCCUGGGAGUGGCCACCCUGUAA